AUGAUUACAGUCUGGAAGCUUUCUGGGUGUCAGUUGGCAUCGUUGUCUUCAGACGACAUCAACAAUGUUCGAAGUCUGAAAGAGCAUCUGGGAGAUCUGUGUGGGAAGCCCCGCUUUCGACAAAGGAUCCUGCAUAACGGAGAAAUCUUGGAUGACAUGCAUGAGUUGGUUCCACCAAUUGAUGUGCUACUGGUGAUACUUGACUAUACACCUUCCCGAGACCAAGGCCUGUAUCUCCUCCGCGCGUGCCUAGUAGGAGACGAAUCAGACGUUGAGAGAUUACUGCAGCGACCCGAAGACCCAAAUGCGGGCUGGAUUCGGGUUGGGCCAAUGAGGGCUGCAGCCGUGCUUGGCAAAUGGGACAUUGUGCAUCUGUUGAUAGAAGCUCGGGCAGAUGCAAGCUGCGACCUUCAUCCGGAGUUCAAUUCGCAUACCGAGGCUUGGCAAGAUCCAGUGAUCCUGGCAGGAGGUAGGGGCCAAGUGGAGACUGUACGACAGCUGUUACAGGCUGGCGAAGGUGACCAAGUUAGCCGGUCGUUGAAAGGAUCCAGACUGAAAAAGCUUAGAAGACUGAUGCAUCCCAAAGAUUAUGCGCUGGUUAGUGGCGAUGUUGAUUGGCACUCUCGGUUGAGAUCUCAUGUCAAGAGUGCUAAGGCAUGCUGCCUGCUGUCAGGUUGCCUACUCAUAUUGUCGAUCUUAACAGGCAACAGGCUCGUUUGUUUUGCGCUGCUGUCGUCGAUCGGCCUUGUUGGAGUGAGCCUGUUGAAGUGCCAAAUGUGUUCAAAGAAAAUGCAAUACUGA